AUGAAGAGCUUCACCUUGAUAACAGUUAUAUUUCUCUGCAGCCUUAGCUGGGUCUCUGUCUCAGUUUCUGAGUCUCAGACUAUAAAGGUCCAGCCUGGUGAAGAAGUCACACUGCAAUGCUCCAACAUCUCAGCAACCCCAACUCAGACAGACUGGUUCAGAGUGGUCAACGGAACCAAAGCCAGCUGUAUCGCCUCUAUGUACGAACCUAAGGUCAAAGCUUCACUCUGUGAUGGAUUUCAGAAUACAAAAUUUGAAAUGAGUUCAAACAUCUCUACCGUCUUUCUUAAAAUCACACAAGUGGAUUUAUCUGACUCUGGACUGUAUUUCUGUGGAUUUUACAUCAACACACACACAGUCAUUGCUGAUGUGACAGAGUUACAAGUCCAAGAAGAGUCUGAUGGAAGAAUAAACCUGAUGAGUGUGAUCCUGGGUGCUGUGACUGUCUUGCUCUCUAUUAUCAUCAUUGUUCUGGCUGUUAAAAGCAUGAAAUGUCAGACAGCUGCCAAUGAAGAACCACAGCCAGGGAGAAACAAGGCUGGAUCUCUGUCUCAGCCUCUGACUUUCACACUGUGGAGGUCCGGCUUGGUGAAGAAGUCACACUGCUGUGCUCCAACUUUUCCACUUCUCCCUCUCAGAUAG